AUGGCCACUUCAGGCACAGUCAGUAAAAUGUCCAGUUCAGGUUUGCUUUCAACUGCAGACCAAAGUGAUGAAGAUGGUGAUAGUUCUCAAAAUGAAAGUCAGAAAAUGAUGGGAGCGGUUCACAGUCAUUUAGAAGAACACAUUCGUCCAUGCAUUGAUCUGAUUGACACUCUGAGGUCAGAUGGCAUCCAUAAAGACUUGGCAUUACCGACUAUUGUAGUAAUUGGAGAUCAGAGUUCUGGAAAAAGUUCUGUGUUGGAAGCACUGUCUGGAAUUGGACUUCCAAGAGGCAAUGGAAUUGUAACCAGAUGUCCAUUAGAGUUGAGGCUGAAGAAGGUACCAGGAGUCAACUGGAAGGCUGUUUUAACGUACGAUAAGAAGACUGAUGAAUCUGUGAAUUCCUCACAUUCUGCAGGUCCUAUUAAAGCCAGCAAACUGGUGGUUGGAAAGGUAGCACAGGCAACUCAAAAUCAGAAGAAAAUUGAAUUUUCAGAUCCUUCACUUGUUGGAGAACAUGUCGCAGCAGCCCAGAAUGAGCUGGCAGGAAAAGGGGUAGGAAUAUGUGAUGAGCUCAUCACAUUAGAGAUCAUGUCACCAGAUGUAUGUGACCUCACAUUGAUCGAUCUGCCUGGAAUUGCCAGAGUCCCAGUAGAAGGACAACCAGAGGAUAUUGGAAAACUGAUCAAACAUCUGAUUAUGAAAUAUAUUAAGAAACCUGAGACUAUAAACCUGGUUGUGGUCCCUUGUAAUAUUGACAUUGCAACAACAGAAGCCUUAAAAAUGGCACAAGAAGUUGAUCCUGAGGGCAAAAGAACAGUUGCCAUUUUGACCAAACCAGACCUCAUAGACAAAGGAACAGAGGAACGCAUUCUGGCCAUUGUCCAGAACAAAGUGAUUCCUCUCCGCAAAGGUUACAUCAUGGUGAAGUGUAGAGGACAACAGCAGAUCAAUGAUGAAAUUCCUCUGGAGGAGGCAGCACAAAUGGAGAGAGAUUUCUUCCAAAACCAUGACUAUUUCAGAUGCCUCUUGAAAGAGGAUAAAGCAACUAUUAAAAAUCUUGCCGUCCAACUAACUCAGGAUCUUGUUGAUCAUAUCAAAAAAUCAUUGCCACAGCUCCAUGAGCAGAUAAAUAAGCAGUUGUGGAGUGUGAAGAGAGCACUUAAGGACUGUGAGAUUGGACCACCAGAAGACCCUGAGGGAGCCAAGGAUUUCCUUAUUAAAACAUUAAAUGGAUUUAAUGAGAAAAUCAAGUCUCUGUCAUCAGAAGAGAUGAUAACUGAGAACAAUAUGUUUGCCAUGCUUCGUGCUGAAUUCAAGAAGUGGAAUGAUUAUCUUAACAGUACAAAGACACCCUUUAACAAUUCAAAUGAGUUAAGCAAGAAUUACAGAGGGAUGGAACUGCCUGGUUUCAUGAACUACAGAUUCUUUAAGAAGAUAAUGCAGGACCAUGUGGCCAAACUUAAGGAUCCAGCCAUUGAUUUACUCAAUGCCAUAAAAGACAUCAUCAUUAAGCAAUUCACGGACGUGGUGAGUGAGUGCUUCCAGAACUAUCAUGUCCUUCAAAACAUCACUAAGGACAAAAUCAACAACAUUCAGUUAACCCAGCUAGAAAAGGCAGAGCAGAGGAUCGCAGAGCAGUUUGAAAUGGAAAACAGGAUCUACACUCAAGAUCCCAUUUUCCUGAAGACCUUGAGUGAGAUUACAAAUGAGACUUUUUCAGAAAAGGAGUUACCUGUCUUUGACAAACCAUGCAAGUAUAAACAAAUGCUGGAGGCGUAUUAUGAGAUUGUGGUGCAGCGGGUGGCUGACCAACUGCCCUUGAUGAUCAACUUUUACAUGCUGCAGGAGACGGCUCAGCUCCUGACUAUUGACACAGUGAAAUUACUGGAAAAGCCAGAUGUGCAUGAGCUCCUGUCUGAGGACUCUGAUGUCAGCAGAAGACGCAAAGACCUAAGAGCUCGUCUGAAUCGUUUGACUACUGCUACAAAAACAAUUAGCAAUUUUCUAAAUAAUCACUAGAAGAUAUAUCUGUAAAAACAACACAAAAUACUAAAUAUACAAAUAUGGAUGUAUCUAAUCUUAAUCUUGUAAUGUAUCUGACAACUUCUAUUCAACCAUCCAUUUUCCAGACUUGUUUAAGCGUUGCAGGAUUCGACAAUUUAACCCAUAUAACUUUUGGUAACACUUUAGAAUACUGUUUUAUCAUUACUGAAUAAUGACAAAAGAACACAUGGGCUAUACAAUAUUAGCAAUAUUAUCUAACAAGAUACUCUGAUUAAUUAAUUAGUAAGUAAUAGUGCUUAGUUGCGUUCACUAUUUGCUAAUCAGUAGCUAAUUUUUUUUCUUACCUCCCUUAAGAACUAACAAUAACUACUAUUUACAGGUCCAUAAUUAAUAUAAAUAAUGUAUAAUUAAAUCGGGGCAUAGAGGAGAAACAAUGAUGUACAUUAUAUGGAAGAUAACGUGUUUUUUGAACCUUAAACCAUAUGAACAUUGAUUUACACCAGAUACACAAAAUAAUGUUCUUUUUAGCAACAUCAUACGACCCCUUUAAGGCAUGUGUAUAUAUUAUGACAAUCAAAAAUUAUUAGCAAGCUAAACAAAGUUUGGUAGCACUUUAGAAUAUUGUUCCAUUGUUAAUGAAUAACUAAAAAUUACUAAUGUACUAUUAACAUUCUAUUAACCACGAUUAACUUUCAAAACCUCUGAUUAAUGAUGUAGCAAUAGCACUCUAUUAGCGAAUCAACAAAUAAAAUGUUUUCAUUUAUCCUGGAUAACUAAUAAAUACAGGUUCAUAAUUAAUGUGAUUGAUUAAAUAGUGUAUAAUUAAUUUUAAAGUAAGAUCAUGAUAAAACACUAGUAAUGACUCACUAAACCCUUCUAAAGGACUCACUAUUUAUGUGGAUCAGUAUUCUUGAGUGAAGAUCACGGUAACCCACUAGUAAUGAUUUAUGCGUUGCCAAAUCUAGCAAAAUUCACUUUAAAAUACAGAUCCCAAAAGAAUCUGUAAUAUAGACAUCACUACAUGAGACAAAACUUUUACAAAUUUAGUUAGGGUUAGGGUUAGCCAAAUUUAGUUAGGGUUAACCCUAACCCAACCUAACCUAACCCUAAAUUUUACAAAUAAAACCAUUACAAAUGAGGCAUUUAUUGCAUUCAAUGGGGACAUGAUUACUGAUGAUAAUGACUCGUACUGUCUGUUUCGUACUUGGCAAACAACCAGCCUACUCUACAAUGCUCAGAACUCGUGUUUGAAUCAUCAUUGUCAAAUUAUUUAAAUAUAAAAAAACAUACUUACAGGCGGUGAGUUAGAAGCGCCAGACUAUCCUUGCAAAGUUGGAAUUGCCCCACUUUAUAGAAACAGCCUUUGUGCCACAGAUGCAUUGUAGGCUACUCUCACAGGAAACUGUCUAUCCUACACAAAAUGCGCUGCACACGUCUAAAUAUUUGGGUUGAACUGAUCUGGAAAAUUGUUGUAAAUACAACCUAACCACUGAUUUCUAGUUGUGUCCUCUUUUGGAAGGCCAAACAAAGUUUCGCUUUCACAACGAUACACACAGCGACUCCACAACAUGGUGGAAUAAAAGUUUCGCCUUCUUUAUUUGCGUGAUCUUCCCACAAAGAGACGUAGACGCGGGGUGUGUUAGAAUGAGCCGUUUUGGGUGUGGUUGACUUAACUUUAUUAUAGAAUAAGUCUUUGGAUUUGAGACCUAAGUCUUUGCAACUUUGUUCUUCACCAAGAAUCUAACUCACAUCUAUUGGCUGAAGUGGGGCACUCACCUACAUUUUGUUUUCUAAAUCAUCUGGAAGUAUCCGUGCUUUGACUACAGUGCAUUAUUUUCUUGUUAUAUGUUGAAAAUUAAAAUCACUUUUUUACCUUAUUGAUUGAAUUGUGUGUGUGUGUGUGUGUGUUGCUUCAGUAUGAUAAUAUUAGGUGUAAAGCCAUUUACUAAAUAUUGUUUCUAAUGAACUGCUACAGCUAUUAGUGUCAGCAAAGCAGUGUUAACUAGCUAGAUGACAGACUAUGUGUAACAUAGGUAAGGUAAGGUACGUAAAAAACUGUACACGGAUGCA